AUGAGAACAGCCUGGCCAGAAAUGGAACUCAACCAGCUCUCAUCUGUGUCUACAGUCACCCCCAACUAUGAGUACUACUACGAGGACAGCUGCCAGUAUCAGCACCUGCAACAUAUGUCUAUUUUCCUCCCUAUCCUGUACACUGCUGUGUUCCUGGUGGGCAUUGUUGGCAACGCAGUCCUGAUCGUAGCCUUGGUCUUCAAGCGACAGGUCCAGAGGCUGAUUGACGUCUUUAUCAUCAACCUCGCUGCAUCUGACUUCAUUUUCCUCAUCACGCUGCCAUUCUGGGUGGACGAGGAGGUGUUGGAUGGGAGCUGGAGGGUAGGAUCUUUCCUCUGUAAAGCUAGUUCCUAUGUCAUCUCAGUCAACAUGUACUGCAGCAUCCUCCUCCUCACUUGCAUGAGUGCUGACCGAUACCUGGCUAUCAUGCACCCCUCUAUCGCUAGACGGAUCAGAACAAGAUCCUAUUCCAGAGCACUCUGCAUCUCUGUCUGGUUGUUAUCCUGCUGCUUGGGGAUGCCAACCCUUUUGUCUAGAGAACUGAAGAAGCAAUAUGGAAAGACUUACUGCACAGACAAAGCCAUGACAGAAGCCAAACAGAUUGCGUCGCUGAUGCUUUUAAUCCUGGCCUUCUUCUUCCCACUGUUGAGUAUCUUAACCUUUUACUGCUCUAUCACCAAGAGACUCUGUGUGCAUUAUCAGAAGACUGGGAAACAUGAUAAGAAAUUGAGAAAAUCCAUCAAGAUCGUCUUCAUUGUAGUGGUGGCUUUUGUUGUCUCCUGGGUUCCCUUCAAUCUGUUCAAGCUUAUGGCCAUUCUUUUGGGACUCCUGAAGCAGUCUGACUGUUUUUCCAACAUGGUUGCCCAACUGGGCAUGAAGGUGAGCAACCCUUUUGCUUUUGCCAAUAGCUGUGCCAACCCUUUCAUUUAUUAUUGCUUUGACAGCUAUAUCCGCAGAGCCAUGCUCCAGUGCCUGUGCCCGCGGGUGAAAAUCAGCAGCAGCAGCAACAACUCUGAUACUCUGGACACUCGCCUCAGUCAUUCCUUAUCCAAUUUUGGGGCGGGGGAGUAUGCUGCUAGGAAGAGGAAGCGCUCUGUGUCCCUGUGACUGGGAGCUGGGACUUCUCUCUCCAAAGAUAGCAGGAAAAGAAAAAGAGAAAUGAGCAACACAGACAGAGGUGCAAGUGUAAUGCAAUCAGCGCUUCAGGUGGGAGGACUUACCCUGGAACCCCAGCACAAAUGCUACAAACAACAGAAAAGAAUCGUGUGAUUCAAUCAAAGCCGCUCCAAGAAAAGCUCUGAACUUAAAUGUAUAUAGGUUUUUAUUCUGUGCAACAAAACCAACACAAGUGUUUCUUUUUGGUUCCUAGCGUACCCACAAACAUGUCACAAUGUUCUCAAACUAACCUAAUCAAUUCUGGUUUUUUGGAGUUUUUCUGAAUUUAGAAAUUCAAUGUUUUAAUGAAUUUGUGCGUUACCAGUUCUUAUAAUUUAAGUCCUGUGCAUUUUAAGU